AUGAGUUCCCAGAAAGGCAAUGUGACUCUGUCUAGGCCUCAGAAGCACCAGAAUACGUUCACCUUCAAAAAUGACAAGUUUGAUAAGAGUGUUCAGACCAAGACAAUUAAUGCAAAGCUUCAUGAUGGCGUUUGUCAGCCCUGCAAAGAAGUUCUUGAAUGGAGUAUAAAAUACAGCAAAUACAAACCACUGUCAAAGCCUAACACAUGUGUUAAAUGUUCACAGAAGGCAGUAAAGGACUCUUACCACAUAAUGUGUAGACCAUGUGCUUAUGAACUUCAAGUUUGUGCAAAAUGUGGAAAGAAAGAAGAUAUUGUUAUUCCAUUUAAUAAAGAAAUUUCAGAAAGUUCUGAAAAUCAAGGUUUUAACCAUGGAAGAAGCUGCAAAAGGAAAGAAGAUAGUGAUGAGGACUUUGGUGCUGAGGCUGACUCAGAUGGCGGGGAUGGAGACACUCAUGCCUGA